GAUCCCACGAAGACGCGCGAAACACGAAACUAACCAAAAGGUUCCUUCUAGGUUUGCUCACUCACGAGUUUUGCACCGUGAAACUGUUAACCUGAAAUUUGGUGGUCUUAUACAUUUACGCAAUAAGAAUACUCGAAAAUGUUGAGGCAGUACAGAGUGCGUGAUUUGAAGAAAUAUUUAAAUUCUCUAACAAAAAUCAAUAACGUAAAUGAUUUAAAUGCAUUGGUCGUUAAACAGCUUGAUAAAAUAGGUGUCAACACGAAGAAGUGUAAACAUUUUGGUGUCGCCUUCGAAAGAUACAGCGCACUCGGGGUGCUGGAUUGCCAUCGGAAUCAUACACCGAGGAAAACAUGUGACCCGAGAAAUCUCAAAAUCAGGCGCAUUAAAAACGAAGUGGAAAAAUUUUACUUGAACAUAUCAAAAGGAAGCUUUGGCUAUGCUGCCGCGGCCAUUGCCGUCGACGUCAAUAAGGAAGCGACCGAGACGGAAACUUCCGUCGAAGUUAUACCUGAACCUCCUCCAGUUCCGGAAAUCCAGGAAUUGCCUCAACAAUUGGUCGAAAUGGUUAGUCAGGUAAACGCUUUAGGGGAGCCGACGUUCGCUUCCCUUGGUUUGGGAGGUCACUCCCCGGUGGGAAUAGUGCAGACUCUGUUGGAAUAUUUUCAUGUCGGGUUGGGUUUGGAUUGGUGGGCUACGAUAGUACUAGGAACUCUUCUUAUCAGGUUGGCGAUGUUCCCGUUGGUUAUUUUGUCUCAAAGGAACGCCGCGAAAAUGAACAAUCACCUGCCUCAGAUGCAAGCGAUUCAGCUAAAAAUGACUGAGGCACGUCAGAUGGGUAACAGCCUCGAAACGGCCCGGUACUCUCAGGAGCUCAUGUAUUUUAUGAAAGAGAAAGGGCUUAAUCCCUUCAAGAAUAUGAUUGUGCCUCUAGUACAGAUGCCCAUUUUCGUGUCAUUUUUCAUGGGCCUCCGACAAAUGGCCAAUGUACCUGUCGAAAGUCUCAGAGAGGGCGGAUUGUUUUGGUUCACAGAUCUGACGCUUCCCGAUCAGUAUUUUCUUUUGCCUAUCAUCACUAGCGCCACCCUUUUUGCCACCAUCGAGUUGGGAACUGACUCCGCUAGGCUGAACGCGCAAAACAUGCAGACCAUGAAGUACGUGCUCAGGGCUAUGCCGCUGCUGAUAUUGCCGUUCACGUUCAACUUUCCCGGCGCCAUCUUGUGCUACUGGGCAUCGAGUAAUUUUAUCUCCUUAGCUCAGGUCGCAUUUUUGCGAAUACCCGCGGUCAGGGAGUAUUUUAAAAUCGAGAAGCUGAUUCAAUAUCGGCCGGAAAAUCUACCCAUUAAACCAAAAGGGUUCACGGAAGGGCUAAAGGAUUCCUGGGCAAAUGUAAAAAUCACUAAAGAGCUGGAAGAAAGACGGAGGAUUGACGAGAUCGAAUUUCGAAAGGCGGGAAGGGGGCCCAUUGUCAAGACGUACAAGUAUGAUCCCACCAAACGGGAUGGACCCGGCGCGCCUGCUUCAGUCAGUGCCAAGGAACGAUAAAUAGUUUAUAAUCUUCAGAAUUUGUAAUAAAUAAUUU